AUGUGCGCUCAAAUUCUAAAAUUCAAGCCUGAUUUAGUAAUCACAGAGAAAGGGCUCAGUGAUCUCGCUAUCCAUUAUUUGAGCAAGGCUGGUGUUAGUGCAAUCCGUAGACUUAGGAAAACUGACAACAACAGGAUUGCUAAAGCUUGUGGAGCAGUCAUAGUGAACAGGCCUGAGGAGCUCCAAGAAUCUGAUGUGGGAACAGGAGCUGGCCUGUUUGAGGUCAAGAAGAUAGGUGAUGAAUUAUUUGCCUUUAUUGUUGACUGUAAAGAUCCCAAGGCAUGUACUGUUCUGUUGAGUGGAGCAAGCAAGGAUGUAUUGAAUGAAGUUGAGAGAAACCUGCAGGAUGCCAUGUCCGUUGCAAGAAACAUUUUGAAAAAUCCAAAACUCCUUCCUGGAGGUGGUGCUACAGAGCUGACUGUGUCAGCAACACUGAAGCAAAAGAGUUCUUCAGUUGAAGGCGUGGAAAAGCAUGCUAAUGGUGAAAAUGCGUGGGUUGGCAUUGAUGGAAGGAGUGGUGAUAUUGUUGACAUGAAAGAGCGAAAGGGCCAACCUUUUGGAUCCACAAGCUCUAUGCGCAAACCAGGAAACACAGCGCAUGGGGUUUAUGCACAACCAUCUACGUCUUCAAAUGGUGCCGGUGCUUUAUCUGGCCCUCCAGGACCACCAUUUUUUAUGGUGUACUCCUAUGAACAAGGCUCAAAUCAUGGUGCUUCCUCAUCUGAACCAAUUGAAUUUGAUCUCUUGGGCCACUUCCUGCAGCAGAUGGUGAUGGCAUACCAAGGUCGACACGCCAAGUAA